AUGGCUCCUCCAUCUGUUUCGGCUCUGGGAAUGGCUCUCAACGGCAAGUCCGCGUCCGUCGACAUUCCAAAGCCUCGCGAUGCUCUCAAAGGCCGGGACAACUUCACUGCUGUAACGGCCACCACCUCCAAGAAGCGCUCUGGCAUGUUGCCAACUCCUCCAAACUCCAUCUCUCCGAACCUCCCACCGCGUGGCCAUGGUCGUCGAGACAGCAACCAGCAUGGUCCCAUGUCGCCAAAAAGCACGGCGCUGGACUCGGACAUCGAUUUGCAGGAUGCGCCUGACAAGCCAAAGCCCACUGCGUUGAGUGCCGAAGCCCUUGACAGUCUCGGUGAUCUGGACUCGUCUGGCGCCAUCACUCCAAGCAUGCUGGCGAAACACCAUCUCCCCGAUAUCCUGCUGUCUCACGGCCCGCUGGCUAUCAGGCACAUCAUGGGUUAUCUGACUACCUCAGUGCCCGGCUUCUCACGCAUCACUUCGGCCAGAGCGCGUCGCUUGGUCGUGGCAGCGCUGGAGGGCAAAGGUGGUGGGCUAGAAGGCGCCGGCGGCCGCGAAGGAGACGUCAUCUUCGAAAAGGUCGGAUGGGGGCGAUGGGACGCUCGGAUGAAGGGCCAGCCACCGCGUGAGCGUCAAGGCUCUACCAUCACUCCUCCAGGCAGUUUACCAUCUUCUUAUUCCCAGGUAGGCCUUCAGGUGCCAACCCAGCGUUCCUGGCGCACGGGAUCUGAAAACCUGGGCACCAGCUACACCGGCAAUUCGGCGGUCUUCUCUCAUUCCGAGAUGGAUUAUGAGGAUCAAGAUAUGCUGGAGCACGAGGCUGACAAGAUGUCCUUGGACAACGAUGACGAUGGCUACGUGUCCUCGGUCGCUCCUGAACCUCUUGAUGAGGACCUCGGCGACGGGGAGAUGACCGACGAGGAGGACUGGGCCAGUAUCGGCGCCGCAGGGCUUCGUGCCAGAUCCCUCCCCAACCAAGGCCGAUCGGUAUCUGGUCCAGGCAGACUGUAUCAGCCCAUAGCGACCUACUCUUAUCGGCCAAGGUAUCGCUCCAAAACACCGGGCGAUAUAGCCAACACUGCUCCCACCAACCCGAUGCCUGUCAACCAUUCAACGACUUUUGCAUUUCCCAAUGGCGCUGGCGUUAACGACUCUCAGGAACGAGCGGCAAUCGAAGCUCUCCUGAGUCUGGGAUCUAUGUAA